AUGAAAUCCUAUUCGGAAUCUUUGAAAGGAUUUGUGGCAGAGCCUACCAAAAAUCAGACCGAUUUAUUAAAUUUGCCCCAUCCUCCGGCCGCUAUCGUCCGCGGAACUAGAAGUCAAGACUCACGUAUUUAUGAAGGGUAUGGUAGAAACAAGCAGUGCACAUGCAUGAGUUUAUCAGCUAUCUGCAUGUCUAAAUUAAUCACUUUUCCUUCUUGGAGCCCGAUCAUCGUCGAUGGUACUCUUGAUUGUGGUAAUAGAUUGUAUUAUUUGUCGGUUGAGACUUAUCAACAGCGUUUUGGAAGAUGUCUCGAUGCUUCCGGAUUUUUCCCCGCCGACGAGACUCAUCCCGUCGUUGAAAUUUUAGGACAUACGUUCAAUAUAUCUGUUCCUCUAGAGCCUUUCCAAGGCAUACUUCCUGAAUUAUUUCCAGAGUUGACCAGAUUUUUUGACCAAUACGAGCAUGGCAUUUUAACAUGCUCCUUACUUUCGGUGGCUGUUUUCAAAAAAGACGGAACUUUCUUGAUUUUCGACCCUCACAAACGUGAUAGAAAUGGACUGCGCUUAGCUUCGGAUGACGCAGUCGCAACUUUAGCGAGCUUUGAGAGUUUGGAAGCUAUGGUGGCAACGCUUCGCUAUAAUUUUAGUUCAAAUAAUCUUAGCUUAUUUUGUAUCGCCCCCGUGUUGGUCACAGAGACAAGUAACAGCGGAAACAUGUCCACUGCGGAUAAUGCUCCCCAGCAUCAUGAAGAUACUCAAAUUGAGUUUGAUCCCAUGAUCAGUAGUUCGCUGUCUGUUGAUGUCUUUGAAUGCUCCAACGGCGCAUUUCCGGAAAAAGAAAUAGGCAAUAGUUUGACGAAAAGUCAAGUUUCAAAAAUUAGUAAACUGAGCAAAAGAGAACGCGAAAAUUUACGAAAGAAAAAGGACGCUGACAAUAAGAGGAAGCGAAGGGAAAAUAAUGCACCUUCGAAAAAACAAAGUGAAACGCAGAAAAAGCAGAAGCAGAGAGCAAAUCCAAAUUUCAGAGAAAAAGAAAACUCUUUGCUCCGGAAAAAAAGGAGCAUUCCUAGCGUACGGCAAAGUGAAAGGGAAAAAGAAGCGCAAGCUAAGAGACAAAAACGUCAGGACGAAGAAUUUAGAACGCACGAAAGGGAAGAAAAUACAGAGUUCAGGAAGAGGAAAAGGCAAAGUAUUGUUACUGAGGAAAAAGACCGUGAAGCCAGUUUGCGAAGCAAGAAAAAAGCUAGACAAAAUGAAAAUUCCAGAGAGAGGGAAAGAAAUAACAAUGCUCAAAGAAUGAAUGAAAGGAGGCAAAAUCAGUUUUUAAAAUUUAGAGAAGAGUACAGGACUGCUUUGCAUGAUGGUGGAACUAGAGCCGAUGCAUUAAAAUUAAAAGUUAUCAAUUUCCGAUCCGAUUUUCCAAAUUCGAUCUGCAUGUUUUGUGAGGGCCUUUUCUUCCCACACUCUAUUCGAACUCUUGAUUGGGAAGAACUCGAGGAAAAGCUAGGUUUGAGGAGCUUUUGUGCUAUCUCACGUAGCGUCAGUAGUGUCGUUACAGACAAAGUGUGUAUAACAUGCCAACAAUAUGUCAAAAAAGGUAAAAUUCCUAAGUUAGCAGUUAUCAACGGGUUGAAAUUCCCAGAUAUUCCGGCAUGUUUAGCGAAUUUGAAACCCCUAGAGGAACGCAUGGUCGCUCCUUAUAUUAAUUUUAUGCAAAUUAGACCAUUAAAACCGCGCAGCGUUAAUCCACAACUUGGACUUAAAGGUAGUGUCGUAAAUAUUCCUGUCGAGGUCAAUGACAUGGUGAAUGUUCUUCCGCGACAAUUUGAUAACAUGGCAACCGUGCAAAUAAAGCUUAAACGGCACUUAGACCACGCCUCUCAUUACAUGUAUGAGACAAUUCGUCCAUCUAAGGUUGCGGAUGCAUUGAAUUACCUUAAGAGCACUCCCCUGUACGUUAAGCAUGGCAUUUCCAUCGAUGAAAAUUUUUUAAAUGCUCAUUGUCUGAAUGUUGAUGAGGAGGUAGAUUUCAUCGUGGAUCCAAGUGAUAGGGUAAACUCUGAUGAUCAGAAUUUGACGCGGCCCGCCUCUGAAGUCCCUCCAGAACAGGGCGUUCCAGUAGAGGAAACCGAAAAAACUGUGAAAGAACGUAAUUGCCCCGCGGCAACUCCUUCUGAUCCCUCGAAUAUGGUACCAGUUAACGAAGUCUGUGACGCGGGAAAUGAGAAUAGUCUUGGAGACGAUCCUGUAGAACCGGAGGAAUUAAUUGAAGAAGUCGACGAAGAAGUGCUUCUUAUGAACAGAGACGCCGAACUGAACGAUCGCAUUCGUAUCAUGGCGCCUGGUCAGGGUAAGGCACCGGUGCCCUGGCAUUUGCAGCCAGACUUAGAGGAGCUUUCUUUUCCAUCUCUUUUUUGCGGACAACCGUAUACGCCCAUCGGUAAAAUUUAUUAUUCAGAGAGAGUAAAAUCGGAACUCAGAAGAUGUGACCGCCGAAGUUGUACCCCAACUAGAAUUUUGUACAUGGCGAAGAAAAAGAUGGAGUUGGCAUGUCUGUCCAACAUUAAUAUUUGUUUGAGGAAAACUAGAAGGACAGAAAAUUUAAAUGCCGGCCAUAUUUUAGAUAAAGCUUGUCUUGACUCCUUAAUUAAACACGAUGAAGGUUUUCGCGUACUUAAGAACAUUCGAUCUUCCCCCGCGUGGUUAGAGGAUAAAAAGAAGGGGUUGAUGGCCAUGCUCAGGCAACUUGGUCAGCCGACGCUGUUUCUUACUCUUUCUGCAGCGGAAAACAGAUGGCCGGAACUUAUCCAAGGCUUAGUGCAAAUAAAUGAAGGAAAGAAAAUCUCCUUAAAAGAAGCGGUCGAAUUAAGUUUUAAUAAAAAGACGGCUCUAAUUAAAAGCGACCCGACAACAUGCGCUCGGUACUUCGAUUAUAAAGUUUCAAAGAUAAUGUGGUAUUUACGACAAGCAGACGGUCUGUUUGGAAGCGAGUACAGAGUAGAGGAUUCUUACGAACGCGUGGAAUUCCAACAACGCGGAUCACCUCAUGAGCAUAUAUUUUUGUGGUUGAAAAAUGCUCCCCUGUACAACCCGGAAGAUCAAACCUCGGUGCGCAAAGUCGUCGAUUUCAUUAAUACAUUUAUUACGUGUGCUCAUGAGGAGCAUUGCCCUUACACGGCUUACGUUACGCAUCAGCACACCCGGACGUGUUAUAAAGGAAGGAGGUACGUGAAAAAAUGUCGUUUUCAUUUCCCUUUACCGCCAAUGAAAGCAACCACCAUAUUGCGCCCUUUGGAAAAAAAUGAAAGGUCAGAACAGUCAAAAGAGGACUGGAAAAAAGUAUGCGACCUGUGUGAAGAUUUCUUUUCAAAACCACGAUUGGUCACUUUCGACGAAAUUUUGAAGGAACUCGGUAUGACGGAAGAUAGGUACAUUCUUGCUAUUAGGAGUUCUCUUAAAAGACCACAGGUAUUUUUAAGAAGGACUAGCAGAGAAGUCGCGAUUAAUGCUCACAACAAAACCCUUUUGUAUCUGUUCGAAGCUAAUAUUGAUAUGCAAUUUAUUCUGGAAGAAUACGGGCUCGCAAGUUAUAUUAUUAAUUAUAUCAGUAAGGCAGAUGCUGGUCUCUCUAAAUUGCUCCAAGAAGCUGCCGACGAUAUAAAGAACGGGUACACCAACGUGCGCGAAAAAUUACGGAAUAUAUCGAACGUCUUUAUAAAUGCGAAUUUGAUGUCAGCCCAAGAGGCAGUAUACCAAAGCUAUCCACUCCCCAUCAUCAAGAGUAGCAGGAGUAUUGUAUUCGUAAAUACGUCCCCAAUCGCUGAACGUACGCGGAUGCUAAAAAUGAAUGCUCAACUUCGGAAUUUGGAUGCUGACUCAGGCGAUAUUUACGCGGAAAAUAUUCACGAAAAAUAUAGCAAAAGGCCCGAAAAGUUAAAUGACGUUUGUUUAGCAGAUUUCGCGACUUCGUACACUAGGCAAAAUAGNAAGGACGACGAGGAUGAAAACGACGACGCAGAUGAAGAGUAUAUUUACAAAGAGAGAGGAAAACGAAAAGUUCUUCGGUACCGUCGUUACAAAGAACUUAUCGAUCCUCCAAAUUUCUACCGCGAACAAAUUUGUCUUUUUUAUCCGUGGCGUAAUGAGGUCGAUGAGGUCGAAAAAUGCGACCUUGAAUUGAAGUACCGCGAAUGCAUCGAUAUUAUUAAAAAAAAUAGGGGUAAUUUUUCAGCUAUUGAUGAAGACGAGGUCCUUGAAGACGCUUUAGAAGCAGCCAUAAAUGAAAAUAGAGAAAGGGAAAUUGAAGAAGAAGAUGAAUUUGCUGCUGAUCAGCUGCCUCUUGAUCAGAAUGUCGAUGUAUUAGCACAGGGUGGCAAAAGUAGUGAUACCGUAGUCGAGCAAAAUCGGAUAACAGCGCCGCAAAGAGUUCAAACUGAGGAGCUGCAUUCAAUGUUUCGGCGUUUAAAUGUCAAACAGAGAGAAAUAUGCAUGCAUGUACUCCACUGUGCGAAAAUAGAUAGAGGACUCCAACAUAUAUUCGUUAGCGGGGCCGGUGGGGUUGGAAAAUCUACGGUGAUUAAAACAAUUUUCCAAUCCGUGACCCGACACUACGACAAUAAUCUAAAUUUUGCUCCUGAUAGUGUAAAAGUGCUCCUUUGCUCAUAUGCAGGCAAAGCUGCAUAUAUAAUCGGUGGCGUUACCGUCCACACAGCGUUCGUCCUGCCAGUGACCAAAUACGGAGGCCAAAUGCCGCCACUCAAUCCUGCAUCGGCUAGUCAUUUAAUUACAGAACUAAGGGACUGUCAAUGGAUUAUUAUAGACGAAGUUUCCAUGCUAGGCGGUAAAAUGGCAACUUACAUUGAGCAGAGAUGCAGGGAAAUAAAAAGAAACACCGACCCCUUUGGUGGUAUAAAUAUUAUUGUCGUAGGAGAUUUUGGUCAAAUCCCUCCCGUGCAGGACUCUAUGAUUUUUAAACCCCCUAAUAUCACCGAACUUAGUCUUCUGUUAGAAUCGAACUUCAACUGGCGCGACUUUAAGAUGUUUGAAUUAACCGAAAUUAUGAGGCAAAAAGGUGAAAAAGCUUUCAUCGAAGCUCUCAAUAAUUUAUGUUGGGGCACGCUCACUGAAGAAGAUAUGAAGCUUUUUAAAUCGAGGCAAGUAAAAAAUGAAUCCGAUGUCCCAAAAGAGGCUAUUCGUUUAUAUUGUUUCAAUAAGCAGGUUGACGCGUUUAAUGCGGCAAAAAUUUUCGAGUGUCCGGAAGCAGAAUCCGUUUCUGAGGCGAAAAAUACUGUAUUAGGUAAGGCAACUCAAAGCCGAAUCGAUUACGCGGUUAGAUCUUUGAUGAACAAAAAAUUAGAUGAUUUAAAAGGCCUACCUCAUAGAGUAGUCUUUAAAGUAGGGAUCAAGUACAUGAUCACCAUUAAUGUUAGUGUUCGCGAUGGCCUGGUCAACGGCGCUGUCGGUACUUUAGUCAGUAUUACUUACAAGCCUGAUCAAGACACGAUUAUUGACAGAAUUUGGCUCGAUUUUGGUGAAAAUUCGAAUGUAGGCAGUAAUGCUCGACUGGCUGUUCGUGAUUACAUGAAGGCGAUGAAGCUCCAUCCGCGACUUGUACCGUUGAGUAGGAAAAGUGUCGUAAUUUCGGGAUCUAAAGACUGUCGUUUAAGAAUCGUCCGAGUGCAGUUCCCUGUCGUUCCCGCGGAAGCAAUGACCUGUCAUAAAAGUCAGGGCCAAACAUACGAAUCAGUGUGUAUCGACUUCAGUAAGCCAGGGAAAUGGACUAGGCCGGUAACAUACGUAGCCUUUAGCAGAGUCACCAGUCUUUCGGGUUUGUAUAUUCUAGGAGAAUUUAAACCGCCACCUCCACCAAAACCCAACGAUCCUAUUGUGCUUGAAAUGGAAAGGUUAAGAAAAGAUCCUUUGCAACUCGCGUUCUGGAACUUGGAAAAUAAGAGUGGUCUCGUAAUUGCAUAUCAUAACGUGAGAUCUUUUAAUAAGCACAGCUGUGACGUAAAGUCUGAUAUGUGGUAUUCCAGAGCGGACAUACUGAUCUUAGCGGAGACUUGGACCUUACCUACGGAUGAAAUUCAUUUUCCUGGCUUUCGAAUCGCGUAUCGGUCCGAUUGUGAUAAAAUUAGGGCCCCGCGUGGAUUGCUCUGUUUCGUUAAAAACGGAGUUGAUGUUUCCCAAGUUGACGGAAGGAAGGAAACAGGUGAAAAAUUCGUGAUGGAGGCAAUUCGAUUCAAAGUAGGAGACACUUGGGUAUUAACUGGCUAUAAAUCACCUGGAACCCCCGUGUCUGUUUUCAAAUCGAUUAUCGAAGUGUUGAUUCCUCAAAAAUCUCGGGUGACACUAUUAGGAGAUUUCAACUUUGACAUAAUUGGUCAUCGUGAAAAAUGUCUUUUGCCUUUCUUAAAAACUCAUGGAAUGACGUCUGCACUUUUACCUGAAACUGUGACGACUGAUUUCAAUACGCAAAUAGAU